CUCGACCGCGGACUUGUGCAGUGCGGUAGUGCACCGCCCUGGGGGCAGUAAAUCUGGCUUCGCCGGCGAUGGCCCUCCCUGGAUUACGCAGCAGGGGGAAGGCUCUGUGCUACAUCCAGAAGGGCUCUACGCUAGUUCACGCACGGAAACGGUGGAACUAUAUAUGCCUGCUGGAGUCAUCAGGAGCCAUACUACACACAGGAUUUCCAAAACUGCAAUUACCUCAAGAGGAAGAUGAAUCCCCCCAGUCAUCCUCUGCUGGUUCUACUCCUGGGAGGCCACCACAGGGGCCCCCUCCGGGGCCAGAUGGACAUGGCUCUGACUCCACAGACCCACCACCCAAAGAUGGAGGCAGGAAUUUCUCCCGCACUGCAGCCAUAGUUGCUGCAGGCGUGACCACAGGAGCCGUGGCCGUGGGCGCUGCGCCCGUGGUGCUGGGCGCCAUGGGCUUCACUGGGGCCGGAAUCGCAGCCUCCUCCCUAGCGGCCAAGAUGAUGUCAGCCGCCGCCGUUGCCAACGGGGGCGGGGUUGCUGCCGGCAGCCUGGUGGCUACUCUGCAGUCCGCGGGAGCGGCUGGACUCUCCUUGUCAUCCAACAUCCUCCUGGGCUUGACUGGGUUUUCUUUUGGAGGCUGGCUGGGAUCAAAAGCAACCUCUUCCUCUCCUCCCCCUGGACCCAGUACUGAAGCAGAGGGGGGCCCCCACGUUGGAGGUGACUCUCCAGGGCCUCAGAAUGACAGUCCCCCAAAUGACAAGCCCCCUGCCUCCCCAAAUUGUUCAGAGAAGGAUGAGAAAUAAAGAUGAGAUACUGUGGCCUUCCCCUAGUGGCGGCACUGUGUUCUAGUGGGUGGGCAGGGGGAGGGAGCGGGAACUCCAGAGGGAGGAGCAGGGGGUAUCCCCGUGACUGGACCCAGGUGUGUUCCCAGUCCUGUCACGCGGGACCCUGAGGAGGUCACGUCUCCCUGUGAGCCUGUUUGCUGCUCUUCGGAUGGGGACUUGGACCAAGUGUCUUCGAAAAUCUCAGUCAGGGCUGGUGUAACGGACGGCUUGGCUCGGGUCACUGAGCCUUUGACCCUCAGCUACCAAGCUCUAUCCUCAGGCAUUGCUGACCCACCCCUCUCUAUCCAAAACUCAGGGUCUGGCUGUAUCAUGACUCUAGAAGUGCAGCAGCACUGUGUCUCCCUGGCCUGGGGCGCCUGGGGCUCUCUGGGUCAAUGGAGAGCUCUGUCCCUAUAUGUCCACAGCCCAGGGCCCAGGGUCCUCAGCCCCCCCAGGAGGGAGUGACCAGAGCCUGCAAGGAUGAUAGCUCGGCCUCCUUCCUGUCUACGUAAGAAACAUCCAAACCCGUAGAGAAUUCUUACAAGAGUGUAUCGGGGCCAAACUGAUGACCUAUGCCAGGGAGCAAGAUCAGAAAUGCUCCAGGGAAUAUCAGUUUUGCAGCUGUUGUGCCUUUGGAAUGAAGGAGAGAACGUAAGGAAGACGACAUGGAGAUGGGAGGAAGCAAAGCGGGGACCGGACUACAGGAUUGGUAACAAGAUCGUUUGCUCUUUGGAGGGUGGUUAUUUCAGAAGUUUGUUAACGUAGUUGCACGGUGUUUGGACUAAGCUUGAGUUGUUCCGAGAUUUGUGCCCAAAAAGCUGCAAGCCCAAAGAACACACACCAGCUGGCUGAGUGCAAGACGUAGGUUUGUUGAGGCUUACUGACCAGGGAGAGUGGUGGCGGCUGGCCGAGGGGUAGUGAUCCGCACCCAGGCAGAGAAGAAGCAUGAUUAUAUGGAUUAUAUAGAUACAACGAAACAGAGCGUUUUGUGGGAGAAAGCAUCUGGCAGGCCCUGCAGGCCUGCUCCCCUGUGCGCAGCGUCCCAAGAAGCCAGGAGACCUCGACGGCGGCCAGCGUACAGAACUGGCUGAUAAGCAGUAUUCCCAUGGGACCGGGACACACUGACUGCCAGCUUAUCUGCCCGUGGGCCAGGUCCUUAUACACAAACAAUGGACAGGGCUUGCUUAAGGCAAAAAUAAACCUUUCACUAAAAGUUAUAUGCCUGGGGCGUGACUACCUACCGUGACCUGCGCGGUUAGGAAUGUAUGAUCAGGUCACUCUGUGAAGUUACCCUCCACAGAACCCCUUUUCAUCCAUACCUCCCUGGUAGGAUUCCUGAGGCAAGCCAAUGCAGACCCCUCACUUCCGGAGGCCCACUGUGUGUCAACCUUCUGUCGGGGGUUCUGUGCACACUGACCUGGCACCUGCCACCUGCCUGCCACGCAGAUAAUCCACACCCAGCUUCUGGAAGGCCUUUUCCACUUUAGAUUGGAGUCUCAGGCCACAAACUAUUGGCUCCAGGGCUUCACCACAGGUCCCCACUCCGGCCUUCACAUCUGUGCUUCCUUUACCGGCCUUCCCCCACGAGGCUCGCUCUCGGGUGCUGCCGCAGCUCACUUGUACAGUCCCAGUGGGCCUCAAGGGCUCUAUCCUGGGCCCCGGGCUACAGUGGGUCAGAGGGGUUCCUCCCUGCCCACGGUGUGCAAUGAUGGGGGUAGGGCAGGCAGGCCAGCACACAGCUAACCAUGUUAAGAUCCAUGUUAUCAGUUACAGAAAUGACUGCAUUCUGCACCUCUGUCCUUUCAAUACAUCCGUACAGCUCCUCUCCCCAAGAGUGGAGUUUCUUUGCCCUCCCUUUGAAUCUGGGCUAGCCUGUUGGAGGACAGUAAAA